AAGAGACGGCGCUGUGCAGUACUCACCAAAUACGCAUCAGCUGUCUGUGUUCUGUCUCGGUUUGUUAUUGUGUUUGAUUAUCGUUCUGCCGGCUAUCUUAUGCUUGACGGUUUUCGUCAGUUUCCAUCAUCGCACCUAGAAGUCGAUCAAGUUCUUCUUUCGUUUUAACCCGGCGUCACUUCUUGUCAAAAAAAAUUAACGAUCCGGAGGUUCAGCCUUCACCGGCGAGAUGUCCAACCCGGUCGCACGUCGCGUCCUGAGGAAGUUGGAUGUCCAGGACGUCCUCUGCCCCAUCUGCUGGGAGAUCUACAUCGAGCCUGUCUCCUUGCCGUGCAACCACGACGUCUGCCUCAACUGUCUGCAGCGUACGGUAGAGAAGAACAGCCUCGUCUGCCCCAUCUGCAGGAAGAGGAUUGGCACCUUCCUCCGCCUCGCCAAGAACCUGAAGAAGAUCGUCAACCAGCCGUUCUGGGAGGAGGUCAAGUCUCAAUUCCCCAACGAAAUCAAGAAGAAGCAAAAAGGCAAAGAUGGGCUAUACCACAAAAAGAACAUCGACCACACUCCUUCAACAAACCCAACCAAGAAAAGCAGCAUUAAGCUUGAAUUUGAUGAAUUGAUUACCAAAUUGGCCAGAGAAGAUGAGAAUAAGUUAUCUCAGCAGAGCAGUAGCGAAAAUCUGCCCCAAAAACUUCAGGGAGAAGCCCUUCCAAAUGAAAUAAAACAAGUAUUCGUUGAUGAAGAGUUAGAAGAAUACACACAAGACGAUUUAUUAACUGAAAAGAUGCUCUGUUCACCAUCAACAUCCUCACUUUCUACAGAUAAUCAAGUCCCUGGGCGUGAUUCAAUUACUUCAGAAUUCACUCAUUUCACUCCAAUUUGUGCAGUUCCUAGGACACCCCCUAAAGUAAUGCCAAAUGGUGAAAAACAAAUCAUUCCCAUAUAUCAACCAAAGAAUCUUACUAGCACUUUUGAUGGUAGAGAGCCAAGUAAGUUUCAAAGUCUUAAGAACAAGAUGAUGCUCAAGGUGUCGUCGAACAAUUUCACCCGAACCAAACCUCAGGCGAAAUGUCAAAGUGAAAUUAUCAUGAACAAGCCAGAUUCAAAUUUAACUGUUUAUUCAAGCAGCAAUGAACAGCCAGAGAAAAUACCUUACGACUUGAUCACAAAGCAGAGUGAGGUCAAGGAUAAAAUAAGACAGAAACAAGAAGAUCUAUCUCUCUCUCUUGAACUCAAUGUAAAAUGGAGUAGAGAAAGGAAUGCUAUUAAACGCAAACAUGGAUAUAAACUGAGGAGCUCCAAGAAUAAAAAAUAAAUCCUUAUUGUUUUCCAUUGAAUGUGUAUAUAAGAACCUAAUUUUAAAUGAUGUUUUCAUAAGUUUCAGAAGCCAUGGAGUAUUGCUUUUGAAAAUUUUAACUACGCUUAACUUUUGAUUAUUGAAAAAAGUAGUUAAUCGGCACUAUAGAUGUAAAUGCAUAAUUAAAAUAGUAUUAGUGGAUUAAAACGAGAAAAAACAUUCCAUAAAUGUUCUUCAAGUUAUUAAAUAGAAACCAUUUUAAACUUAGAAAGGUUUCUUUUGUGUGAUAAAAGUGUGGGCCCAUUACACUCAGUUCAUCUACUUGCUCAACUUUGUGACUAAUGAAAGAAUAAGUUUAAAAUAAUCUACUAAAUUUUGUGAUUGCCUCAAUCAUGAUUUUGUUAAGCAGGUUUUGAAUAUUCAUAUGAAUGCACAAUGCAAAUAUACUACUUGUUUAAAAUAUGCAUGAAACAAGCCCAAGUGUUAUGUUGUAUUAUUUUUUAACCAACACAGGUCAUUUAAAAAGUUACUUAUUUUAUACAAAAUAAAGUCCAAUUGGAAAAUGUCAAUUAUUGUUAUUUGAAUGUCCAAAUGAUGUUAGAUUGUUAAAUUGUACUAAAAUUGUAUUGUAUUUAAUCUGACAUGUUCACCAGACAGUUAUAAAUAGAAAAUCUAUAGAAGUCUGCUAUUUCUCUCAUAAUAAUAAAUCGUAUCAUACAUGAUUCUAUAUUUAAUUACAGAAAUUUAUUUUGAAAGAAAAACUAAAAAGUUGAAAAUUGUUUUUUCCUUAUACUUUGCUCAGCAUUUUCAACUGUGGAAGUGUGUCGAGGUUUCAAGAAAGUAAUUGAAGUUAUUAAAUGCGAGAUUAAUGUGAUUACUUAAGAACCAACUUCAAUAAAAAUAAAGUCCUACAUAUUUUUUUAUAUUUUUUAUUUAAUAUAGUAUUUUUCUUGUUUAAUAAUAUGUUGUUUAAUUCAUGGCUCAGUAAGAUUUGUAUGCCUUAAUAUGUAAUAUACUAUUGUUUAAUAGUAUAAGAAUAAGUAUUUUUAAUAAGAGGUGAGCUCAUUUUCUUUUUGGUGCCCCUUUUUCAAGUCAUAUGUUGUGAUGAUGUUUGUCUUUUGUGUGUUAAAUAUUAAAUGUUUUGUAGAGUUCAGUUUUUCUAACUAGUGUUAGUGAACAAUGUCUUACAUUUGUUGCUACAUGUUAAAUUUAUCAAAACAAUGAAAAUAAAUGUGAUUUUCUGUUCUGAUAAACACAAUGUUGUGGAAGAGUUUUUCUUUUUACAAAAAAUGUAUGUAUAAAUUGAUGAUUACCACAUUUAUGAGCUCCUUUUAUAGUUAGUUACAUUUGAUGAUUUUAGAUAGUAUAUUUUGAAAAAUGUAAAGACUGUUAAUAAAAAAUAAAAAAUGGAAAUAUUUUGUUUUGAUUAUUGCCGACAAAAGUCUUAAAACUUUAGAUAAUCACUUUAAGCAGCCCCACAAACCAUGGUGCUGGGGCAGCCUUAGGCAGGGAAAGAGCAGAUCACUUGUGGCUAAUUCUUUUAAUAUUAACAUUACGUGGAGGGCUUUAUCGAGGAGGGGUCGGUGUCUAGUCACCAUCAACACUACAAAGCUCACUGGAGAUUCUCUCAUCUCAAGAGUCCAGGGAGGCCCCCACAAUCCAUCUCAAGAAUGACCAAAACUCGAGGUCCCGGGCAUACAUUGCCACAACCUAGCUUGUUCUGCUAUCCCACAGGGUUCUCAUUUAGGACCACUAUUGUUUCUUUUAUUUAUUAAUAAUGUUGUUUCUUCCAUUUCUUCUGUUACUAGUUUCUUAGUUCGAUAGCAAUAAAUCUUUUAAGUUACCUAUCUUGCUUGUUACUUUGUUACCUAAAUUUCCAAAUUCCACUCCAU